AUGGUGUCUUUGAGUGACAUACGACCUCUUUUGCAUAUUGCGAGACUGUUUGGAUGUGGACUUUUUCUUGUUACGGAGGACGAUAUUAUGAUGAUGGAGUACAGCACUAUUUAUUCGGUUCUAUUUGCACUCUUGUAUGUUAGUCUUUGCAUCGCGAAUAUUUACAUGCUCCGUUGGGACGACAUGAUUGGACCGAGGCUGCUGAUGCUCACUGUGGUGAGAACAGGUCUCUCGUAUAGUUGCGUUUUAAGUGACAUUGUGAUGACGUAUUGUUAUAACUGGAAAAUACGAGCUGCACUUUCGCAUUUACGCAUUUUUGAUCGUACAAUAAAAUAUAAGGAGCCUAAAUACCCUCACAUGAUUCGUUAUGUCUGUUGGUUAUUGAUCUUUGUUAUGUUAUCGUUUUGGACAAUAGUUGGAUAUAUAACGUUCUGCGUGGAGCCCAAAGACUCUGUGUUUAACGGUAUAACUUAUGCUGUUGUUAACACAACGCUAACGAUGCAAUUAAUAACAUUCGCCAGUCUGUCAUCUCUUCUGUACGAGAGAUAUCAUCGUCUUUGUGAAUCGUUGCUUCUGCCCGAAGAUGGCAAAAUCAUGGUGAUGGAUCGCUUGGACAAGCAGUUUCAUUUGCAAGAAGUGUGGUGGUUGCAUUCGUGUCUUACCAAUGCGACCGAGAUGAUAAACUCCGUGUACUCGAUACAGCUUUUGCUAUGGAUCUUUUGUAUGUCCUUCAAUACACUUACACGCAUCUAUACGAUCAAUAAUGGCGCGAUCUUACAACCUUUGUUGAUAGCGAGAGAAAUUUUACUGGUGUCUGCUUGUGUGACAAAUCUGCUGAUCAUUACCAUCAUUUGUCAUAUGACUGCAACCCAAGCUAAUCGUGUUGGGAAGAUUGCCUUUACACCAUCGUCUGCCAUUCUUGUUAAGAAAAAUUUUAUGCAGGAUUGCUGUGUAGAAGCUGUUACUUAUUUCCAGCUACAGCAAGUACAUUUUUUUGCUUCUUAUGGAAUCAUACGCAUCGAUCUUCCAUUGCUUCUUUCGAUAGCUUCUGGUAUAACUACGUAUCUGGUAAUCCUUCAUACCGCUAACCGGUUUACGAAUCGGUUGUGGAAUACGUGCUGUGGAGUCAAGAAGGAAAGUUACAAAGUUCUUCAUAUUAUGCGAAAGUCAUCACCGGAAAUUCAACACAAACGCCUAAGAGAAAUAAAACUACCACUAAACAAUUUCAUGCACGCGUCUGCUCCGACCAUGAUUCAAACCGAUACCGCGACCCCGAUGGUGGUAACUGGUAACAUUCCAUGUGUUACCACCGCGAACCCUUUCCUCGCGUGCAGCUUGAUGCCAAUAAAAGAUUCUGCGAACAUCACAAUGAUGGCGAACAAAACUUUGUCAUCGAAGAAUGACAUUAUGGUCAAGAUACUAUGGGAUUUUUACAAUUCUUUUCAUGGAAGCAAUAAGGAUUACUUGCUGAUUAUUUUUUACGCACCAACUGUACUAGUCGGUGUGAUAGCUAACAUUUUAGUGAUAAUUGUAGUCUGCAAAUAUCAUUUAAAGAGCGUUACAAAUUAUUUUGUGAUUAAUCUGUCUAUGGCUGAUUUAUUGGUUGCCACAAUAUGCAUGCCAAUGACAAUCAGCCAGGAAAUAUCGAUGUCAUGGAAUCACAGUGAAUUCCUGUGCAAAUUAACUUCUUAUCUGCAAAGUGUAGGUGUUACUGCCUCAAUAUAUACUAUUAUGGCUAUGAGCAUCGAUAGAUAUCUGGCCAUAAGAAAUCCCAUGAUUCUCCGCUAUAUAUGUAGUCAUAAGAAUAUUAUUCUCGUUAUCGUAUCUAUUUGGCUGGCAUCCAUGGCUUUUUUUAUUACAAUCUACGGAGCGAUGAGACUCCAGGAUCCAAUGACGGAGGUUAUCAACAAAGCUCUGGAUUUAAUGGCAAGCGAGAAUUUUACACACAAUAGCAUCUCGCCAAUACCACCAGGUUUCAAUAUGUGUAUAGAGGAUUUCAUGUCAUUAGGAAUUAGACGAGACAUCUUCGGAAGCAUACACUUCGUAUUCUCUAUCGCUAUUCCAUGUUUCGUUGUAUUACUAGCCUACUCGAUGAUUGGCUUCACUCUUUGGUCUAAAAAGCCACCUUUCGAUUACGAUAACAGGGAAAGCGCUAGCUCGCGGCAGAGCUCCAAAUUACGACAUGAAAGAAAACGAGUUGCAUUGAUAUUACUAUUCCUCGCUAUACUAUUCGCUCUGUGCUGGAUGCCCUACAAUAUUGCCAAAUUUUUGAUUGAUCUCGACGUUAUCGGCCCAUCGACGUCAACAAAUAACACACUAAAGUACUUCUUAUUUUUGGGACAUGCAAACAGUGCUUUGAAUCCUGUGGUCUAUUGUUGGAUGACCCGUGGUCUUCGUCAGAAACUUGUGAAGAUUUUAUGUUGUGUCUCCAAUAAUCUAUCGCAUCAUGAUCCUUCGCGAAGAGUAAAUUAA